UCUUCAGUUAGAAAAAGGAUGAAGUCAAGUAGUGAAUGCUUGAGGUAUCUGGAAGCCACAAGACGCAACUGCCUUUCUCUUUCCAGAGACACCACCAAGGGAACAUGGAACGUGAUGACUAUGUUCCAAAGCGGGAAGGCCGCAGAAAUAGCAGCAGAGAUGCAGACGUACAACACAGCUAUGCUCGGAAUCAGCGAAACUAGAUGGACUCAAUUUGGUCUGAAAAGAUUGAUAAGUGGAGAGAUGAUUCUGUUCUCUGGACAUGAAGAAGAAGAUGCACUUCAUACUGAAAGCGUAGCUCUGAUAUUGUCUAGAUCAGCUCAGAAGGCACUUAUAGUAUGGAAAUCACAUGGGCCAAGGAUUAUCAAAGCUGCAUUUAGAACAAAACAGAAGAAAAUCAAGGUCAGCAUCAUACAGCGCUAUGCUCCUACAAAUGACAGUGACGAAGAGGAUAAGCAUGAGUUCUAA